AUGCCCAAUCCCGACCCUGCCACCGACUGCCCCUUCUGCGGCUUCAAGCCCGAAAGGGGUGAAUAUGAGCUCCUUCUACAUAUUGACACUCAGCACCCCGACGAUCAGUCCGCCGGCGAGGAUCCCGUCCCCUGUCCACAGGAUGGCUGCGGUGAGCUCGUCUCGCCGGAUGAGUUAGCGUAUCAUCUAGGGCUUCACGAGCUCGAGGCACAGGAGCCAACCCCGGAACCGCCAGCCGUUCCCCCCAAGCCCGAUGGCGGCGGUAGCAGCUCUAGGAAGCACGAACCGAGAAGGCCGAGGUCCUCCUCCAAGGACAACUCGCGUAAGCACCGAAGUGAGAAAAAGAAAUCCGAGCUUGGUCGGUUUGCGCACGAGAAACGGAUGCCAUCCUGGCUCGUAGACCUCCUGCAGGAUCAGGGCCAAGUUGUCAAUGAUGGUGUCCAGCCAGUUCUCAAACAGCUCCUCGAACAGAACCCUGAAACUCAAUAUGCAUACUUGUGCCAUCCUGAAGUGCAGCAUGUUUCCAAGUUACGACGAGAGGGUGGCUUCUGCGGUUACAGAAACAUCCAGAUGCUCAUCUCGCACAUGAUUGGUGCCAAGACACCAGGUUCAGAGCACUUUGCUGAAACUUUCCCCUCUGUUUUCCAGAUCCAAGAUCUCAUCGAGAACGCUUGGGACAUGGGCAUUAAUGCUCAAGGUCGCGUGGAGACGGGAGGUGUGAAGGGAACCCGAAAGUACAUCGGCACGCCAGAGGCACAAGCUGUCUUUCUAAGCCUGGAUAUCACUUGCUCUGUCCAAGCCUUCAAGGACAAGGAGCGAGGACGGUCCAAGUCACGCCUCUUCGAAGCCGUCGAGGGCUACUUCCAGGGCGGCAUCAAGAACAUCGAAGACAGGAUCCGCGUAACAGACCUCCCGCCAAUCUACCUGCAACAUCCAGGGCACUCCUUGACGAUUGUCGGCAUUGAGAAGCAGAUGGACGGCCACAUGAACAUCCUCGUCUUCGACCCCAGCUUCCGCGACUCAUCCAAGAUCCGAAGCCUCAUCGGCAGAACCGUUCAGCACAAGGCAUCCUCAAUCGACGAGUCACUGCACCCGUACCGCCGUGGAGGACACUACUUCCGCAAGUACAACCAGUUCGAAGUGCUAUAG